AUGGACUUAACGGAGGAUGACAAAACUCAUUUAGUCUGGCUGAACGCUUUGGGUCUGAGCCGUCGGGAAUUUCUUCCGGAAUCUCCACGCUAUCUCGUCUCGGCCAAUCGAUUGUCCGAAGCGGAACGCAUUGUUCAAGAAAUGUUCCGAGUGAAUAAGAUCACACCCCUCGAAGGUCGUUUGACCACAUCCGUUGCCCCGUCCAAACGACGUAACCAUCUGAAAGAACUCUUUUCCAAACAGUAUCGACUGACUACCCUGAUGCUGCCGACGAUUUGGUUCGGGGCUGCGUUCGGUUACUACGGUGUCGUAUUGCUCAGCGCGGAGAUUUUCCGAUUUCGUCACGCCUGUUACGGAGCAUCAUUGCCGCUUCUAACUCCGCAAUUAUUGAGCAAUCUGACCGAAACCUCACUGAAACUGACCGCAGUGCACCAAGUAUUGCCACAUGAGGAUGGUUCCUGUUGUCAGAAUCUGAGCGAUGACGACUUCAUUGCAAUGAUCAUCUCUUCCAUCGGAGAGUUUGUCAAUAUACCUAUAAUCAUCCUGUUCAUUGAUCUCCUCGGCCGAAAAAUCACAAUGGGUCUGUGGAAUGGUGUCACCGGUCUCAUGUUCUUCAUACUGUACAUCUGUAUGAGUAGACAAACCAUGACCGGAGUGCUCUUCGGUGUGCGAGCCAUGUCAGCCGGACUUUUGAGCUUGGCCUAUGUGUACACCAGUGAGGUAUUUCCCACGACCGUGCGUGCGUUAGCCGUGGGUAUUUUUAGCUCAAUCUCGCGCCUCGGUGCCAUGAGCACUCCGUAUGUGGCUCAGGUUAUGCUUCCGGAGUUCUCGGAGAUUGGCGCACUGAGUUUAUACGCCGUGAUCGGUAUCUUGUGUGCGAUACUCUCAUUUCUUCUGCCCAUCGAGACAGCCGGUAGAGAAUUACCUCGUAUUGCCAAAUGUGAGAAUGUUCUUUCCUCGUACAUUCGUCCGACUGGAUUAUGA